CAAAAAGCCAGCGCCCCAGAACACGCUUAAGACAACGCCGAAUGAGGGGGAACGGGAAAUGCCGACCAAUUGCGCCGCGGCGGGCUGUGCUACUACCUACAACAAGCACAUUAACAUCAGCUUCCACAGUACUACCUUGGCGGUGAUUUCACUCUUCGGCGUUUGGACGUCCUCAAACGCGAAUACCUGAGGUUCCACACAGCUAAAACCCUACGAGUACUACAAACCCCCAACCAGCGUAAGAGCUGCGGUCCCUGCGCGAGUCGCCCAGCCUGCCGGCAGAGCCGCGCUUUAAAGGCUCCCGUGAGCGAGGCAACGUCCUCGGGCGGCCGCUGCGCCUGCGCGCAGGAGGCGGAGACUCGGCUAGGCGCCGGCUGAGGUCCGAGGAGCUGGGCGUUGGCCCCGCUGGCACUGGUCUCCUGGGUUGUGCGGGUGGACGUCGGGACGUAACCGCGCCGCGUCGCGCAGAGCUCCACGCGGGGACUCGCCGGGGUUCCAGCGCCUUACCCGCUUGCUGUAGAGCCACAGGCGCGCCGGUCUCGGCGCGGGCUUGGGCCGGUGGAUGCAGCUCGUCAUCCCCGGGACUGCAGAUUGGCUGCUUUCGCUUUCCUUGGACCUUGCCUUCUCGUUCGCGGAGCUCAGAUGUGAGGUGACCGCUGUCCAGGCGCCAGCCCCCACGGGGUAUGCGCUCUGCUUUUCCAGUGAGGCGUUUUCCUCUCACGGACAAGUUUGAGCUCUCCGCCCGCAGCAGCUUCCGGAAAUAGUUUGGAUAUUUAUUAAUUUUUUGAUCGGUGGAAGGUGUUGGCAUUUAUAUUCUCCUGUAUACGAGUGUUUUGCUGGCUUAAAUGACUUCACAUUUCUCAGAAACGCCUUAUAUUUUCACCGCCAAGUGCUUAUAUCUUUAUUUUCCAUGACAGAUCUUGACGACAAUAUAUGCAAAAAAUACAUAAAGAUGAUAGUUAAUAUAGUUAUAUUGAGCCUGAUCAUUAGCAUUUCUUUAGCUUUCUGGAUUAUGUCUAUGACUGCAAGCACCUAUUAUGGUAACUUACAGCCUAUUUCUCCUUGGCGUUGGCUGUUUUCUGUUGUUGUUCCUGUUGUGAUCGUCUCUAAUGGCUUUAAGAAGAAAAGUCUAGAUCACAGUGGGGCUUUAGGAGGGCUCGUGGUUGGAUUUAUCUUAACCAUUGCAAAUUUCAGCUUUUUUACAUCUUUGCUGAUGUUUUUCCUUUCUUCUUCAAAACUUACUAAAUGGAAGGGAGAAGCAAAGAAGCGUCUAGAUUCAGAAUACAAGGAAGGCGGGCAGAGGAAUUGGGUUCAGGUGUUCUGUAAUGGAGCUGUGCCCACAGAACUGGCCUUGCUGUACAUGAUAGAAAAUGGCCCUGGGGAGAUCCCAAUAGAUUUUUCCAAGCAGUACACUGCUUCCUGGAUGUGUUUGUCUCUCUUGGCUGCACUGGCCUGCUCUGCUGGAGACACGUGGGCCUCAGAAGUUGGCACUGUGCUGAGUAAAAGCCCACCAAGACUAAUAACAACCUGGGAGAAAGUUCCAGUUGGGACCAAUGGAGGGGUUACAAUAGUGGGCCUUGCCUCCAGUCUCCUUGGUGGUGCCUCUGUGGGCGUUGCGUAUUUCCUCACACAGUUGGUUUUUGUUAAUGAUUUGGACAUUUCUGCUCCCCAGUGGCCAAUUAUUGCAUUUGGGGGUCUGGCUGGACUACUAGGAUCAAUUGUGGACUCAUAUUUAGGAGCUACAAUGCAGUUUACUGGUUUGGAUGAAAGCACCGGCAUGGUGGUCAACAGCCCAACGAAUGAAGUCAAGUACAUAGCAGGGAAACCCAUUCUUGAUAAUAAUGCAGUGAACCUGUUUUCUUCUGUUCUUAUUGCCCUCUUACUCCCGACGGCUGCUUGGGGUUUUUGGCCCAUGGAAUGAACUUUAUUUCAUUUAUAAAGGUUAUGACUGUGGGAAGUUCAGCUAAAUUUGCAAUCCCAAGUUCAUCCUAAGAAGAAUAAUUGUAAUGGCAAAGGAGAAAUGCCAGCUCUUCCCCUAUUCCAUGGUGAUGGAAUGCCACAUCUUUCCUCCCAUCAGCUCCUUUGUAAUACUAACACCUUUGUACUGAAAGACAAGUGUGCAUAGGACUUAUUCAUAUUUUUCUUCUACGGAAUGAAGCUUCUGAGCAAUGAAGUUAAUAAUAUCCCUAUAUAUUGAACUGGAAGUUCCUAUGUGGUAGACAGAAAUUUUGUUUUGUUGGUUUAAAACAGUGUAGGGACUAACAACAAAGAAAUUUAAACAUGAUUCUCAGUUGUGGCAGAGAAAUGUUCACUGUGCCAUUUGCCCAAAUGUUAGAUCUGUUUUAAGUGGUUUAAACUUAUGUGUGUGGAAUCCUGAAUCGAGGUAGUCCUGGACUUCUAUUACUUGCCAUUUACAGUUGUGAAAAGUGUGGAGUUUGGUUCCUAGUCAGCUGUGAGACUUACUCCACAUUUAUUCUUCCUUCCUCAGGGUUAGCAAGAAAAAAAAGUAAAUGUCUUUUUCAUAUGACCAUUCGAAUGCAUGAAAAAAGUUAUUUUUAAGUAAAAGAUACUUAUCUUGUAUCUUAAAAACGUGCCCCUUAAUAUAUAUUUCAGUUGAUCUCAGCAGAAGUUAUCUUGAAUUAACAUUUUUAUUGUAUUUUCUAGCUUUCUUUGAAAUUUGUAUAGGAAUCUGAUUUACAUUGGCAUCGUGAACAGUUAAAAGAAUAACUGGAAAGUUAUUUUUAAUUUUUUUGUUUGUUUGCGAUCCAGAAGUCGCUGAAAGAGGCUAUAAUUUCCUAUUAUGUUCCUUUUAAGUUGUGCUGUCCUAUAGAUCAUAGACACAAAGUGAAUUCUAUUUUGUUCUUUACUAUGAUUUCUGUGAUAAAGGAGUUUGAUAUGCCAUGGAUUAUUUUGCUAAAAGUAUUUUUAAAUAUUUCUCAUGUGAUUUCCAUACUUUUCUCCCCUUUGCUCCUUUUGCAUUCUUAAGAGAAAUUGGAGAACAAGCCCAUAAAUAAAUCACCAUAUCAGAGUGGAUAAAGCUUAGAAUUCUUUACUGUGACCCUUCUAGAGUGAUGAUCUAGAACUAACUUGGUUCAGGACAGGAAAAAAAACACAAAACAGUCAACAUCUUUAAUCCUUAUGCCAAGCAACUCAGUGGGUCUCAACCAUUGGUUGUCAACUUUUUGGGCAUUGGAAUGCCCAACUGAUUGGAAUCACCUGACCAUCUUUAAAAAAAGUCCUUGUGUCUGGACUUCACCAUCAAUAUUCUAGUUGACCUGCUCUGGGGUACAGCCUGGGUAUUGGGAGUUUAAAGAGCUCUGGUUGCACAUUAGAAUGUAGAGGAUUUUUUAAAACACUCUUGGCAAAGCCCUUUCUAGACCAAGUAGAUAAAAAUGUCUGAAGGUGAUGCUCAUGCAUCAGUUGUUUUUAGAAAGCUCUCCAAGGAGAUUCUAAUGUUUAAACAGGUUAAGACCUACUAAAGGAAAAUGUCCGAAAGCACUGUAUCUAAAAGAAGCCUCAGAAGAGUGGGCCUUUUCAUUCUUAUGCAAACAACUCUUAGCAGUAGUGCUGUUUUAUGCUGUCUUUACGCAUUAAUAGCUUCUGGUAAAUUAUGCUGUGUUUUAUAGCUACAUCACUUACCACAUUAUUCCUGAGACAGUUUUUCAUGCAGCCUAUUAAUUUCUGCAGCUGUUCUAAAAUGCCUUUUCUUUUCUCCCAGAGAUUCAUUCUGGUGACGUACAUGGGACAAAAAUAUUUAGUGGUACCCUGUUUGGGUUUGGUAGAAAUACUCUAUCCUAAACAGUUUAGGGAAAUACCACUUCACAAUCCUUUAUUUGAAAACCUAAGACUAGUUGUGUUUGGAAUCAAAAUUCUUCAGAUUUUGGAAAAGUAGGUACAUAUAAAAUACUUAGAACUCCUAGGAGAGACUAGGGUGGCACCCAUUUUCAAGCACACUAAUAUUUCUGUGGCCAUUGUGUGAAUGACACAAAGUAUGAUAAAGACUAUAAGAGCCUAUGUCAGGCCAGGUCAGUUUUUUUAACAAACUUAGAAAGAAACUUUGUGUUUUCAGAGCUUUUUUGGAUAUGAGGCUUGUAAAUAAGGAAUUGUGGCUCUUUUUUUUUUCUUUGAUUCAUUGUACUGUAACAUUGUUUGUAAUUGGAUAUAUAAUUCAGCCAAUUCCUCUUUACUGAGUGAACAGGUUAUGCGUUAAAAAAAGACACUUCAUGGAAAGAGCUUCAUGUAACAGUAUAAUAAAACAAUAUUUACUGCUUA